AGCCCGAAGCGCCGGUCGACGUUAGCCCAAAUGCUGCGUUCAAUGAUUGUUUAAUGGCAACUUUGUGGACAACGGCACAUUCGUGCAUAGGCCAGCGUUGGAACUUUAUUUUUGCAUGUUUACGUAGUUUUACACAUAUUUGAACACCCGCCGUGACAAUAGCAAUAAUAUUAUUAAUAAUAAUAACGUAAAUAUAGCUAUGAUUUGUUGUUAUUGACGUCAACGUAUGCCUCUCUAAUAACAGGCUAGUCAAUUUCGGGAGUAGGCAGCAACCCUAGAAGGGCGAAAUGUUACAUCUUUGUCGUUAAUCACCGUCGCUUUCAUUUGAUCUUUAUCAAAAUCGACUCUUCUGGGAGAAAGAUUAGCAUGCUAGCUUUAGCUCAGGGUGGGAUUUUCUUUGCAGCGCAAGCAACUCCCUCACUCCUCGAAAUAGCCAAGCUUAACCCACCGCGUCAUUGCAUGUCCUGUCGUGAAGGCAGUGUCAUGAGCGGAUGUUGCUGGUUCUUGGCAGUGUUAUGGAUGAACUAUGAAGGCCCAAUUACAAGUCACAGUUCUUUCUGCCAAACUCAAGGAAAACAAAAAGAACUGGUUUGGUCCCAGUCCGUAUGUAGAGGUAGCUGUGGACGGCCAAUCAAAGCGGACAGAGAAGUGCAACAAUACACACAGUCCAAAAUGGAAGCAGGCUCUCACUGUAAUCGUGACACCUCUCAGCAAGCUGAUAUUUCGCGUGUGGAGCCACCAGACGCUGAAGUCGGACAUCUUGUUGGGAAUGGCCACUCUAGAGAUCUGCGACACCUUGAAGGCCAACGAGCUGAAAUUGUGCGAGGUGGUCCAGACAUUGCAGCUGUGCUCUGACAGAGAUUCCCGGGAUAUUGUCGGCGACCUGUCUGUCUGUCUGGAUGGCAUGCAUGUGGACCCAGAAGCCUUUUCCGCAGCAGAGAGAGACCAUGCGUCUCUCCUAAAAGAUGGCGCGAGACCAAAUGGAAAUACUGGCAACAGGGCAAGCAGAGACGCAUCACCCUCCAGUGACUUGGAUGAGUGGGUCAUUGUACCUGAUGCUCGCACCGUCAAUGGCGCGAACUCCCCUUCCCAUUGUCCAGGGGGCACCAGUGGCUCUCGCCGCUCUCGAUCGGCCCGGCCAUCUUCUGCUCCUGUUUCCUCCAGCAGUUCUUCUCCAAGCGAGUUAAGCGAGGGCCCAGCAACUGAUGCUUCCUCCCAGGCAUCCAUCAGCGCGGGUUCGGAUCAGCACAUUGACUCAGGGGCAGUGCGAGUGGCAGCGGGAGCUAUAGCAAGGGCUUCUACGGCGAGUGGUACAAAACCAGCUGCCCUGUCAACACCUGCCACAGUUGCUCCCAGAGUCUCGCCCAUUAGCAGCGGCCCCUUGCCACAAGGUUGGGAGCAACGAGUGGACCAGAAUGGACGCAUGUACUUUGUAGAUCACAUUGAGAAGAGGACAACCUGGGAACGACCCGAAUCGCUGCCAACAGGGUGGGAGCGCAGGGUAGACCCCAUGGGCCGUGUGUACUUCGUGGAUCACAUCACCAGGACCACCACAUGGCAGCGCCCCACGCAGGAGUCGGUGCGCAACUAUGAGGAGUGGCAGCACCAACGCAGCCAGCUGCAGGGAGCCAUGCAGCAGUUCAACCAGAGAUUCAUCUACGGGCUCCAAGACCAAUUGGCAGCUACGUCCAACAAAGAGUUUGAUCCAAUGGGCCCUCUGCCACAUGGCUGGGAAAAGAGGACAGACACAAAUGGCAGAGUGUAUUUUGUCCAUCACCCGACUCGGACGACUCAAUGGGAAGACCCCAGGACACAAGGGCUGCUGAAUGACAAGCCUCUGCCCGAGGGCUGGGAGAUGAGGUUCACUGUGGAUGGCAUCCCUUACUUUGUGGAUCACAACAGGCGAACCACCACCUACAUUGACCCUCGCACAGGCAAAUCCUCGCUUGAAAACGGACCGCAGAUUACCUAUGUCAGGGACUUUAAGGCCAAAGUGCAAUACUUCAGGUUCUGGUGUCAGCAACUGUCAAUGCCACAGCACAUUAAGAUUUCUGUCUCCAGGAAAACCUUGUUUGAGGACUCAUUCCAACAGAUCAUGAGCUUCCAUCCUCAAGAUCUGAGAAGGAGAUUGUGGAUCAUUUUCCCCGGGGAGGAAGGUUUGGACUAUGGCGGCGUAGCUAGGGAAUGGUUUUUCUUGCUCUCUCAUGAAGUGCUCAACCCCAUGUACUGCUUGUUCGAAUAUGCCGGCAAGGACAACUACUGUCUGCAGAUCAACCCCGCCUCCUACAUCAACCCCGACCACCUCAAGUACUUCAAGUUCAUUGGGCGCUUCAUCGCCAUGGCUUUGUUCCAUGGCAAGUUCAUCGACACAGGAUUCUCGCUGCCCUUCUACAAACGCAUCCUGAACAAGCCUCUGGCCCUCAAAGACCUGGAGUCCGUGGACCCCGAAUUUUACAACUCUCUCAUAUGGAUCAAGGAUAACAACAUAGAAGAGUGCGGUCUGGAGAUGUUCUUCUCCGUGGACAAAGAGAUCUUGGGUGAGGUCACCACCCACGAGCUCAAACCUGAUGGCGGGAAUGUUCAAGUGACUGAGGAAAACAAGGAAGAGUAUAUUAGGUUGGUGGCCGAGUGGAGGCUGUCCAGAGGUGUGGAGGAGCAGACCCAAGCCUUCUUUGAGGGCUUCAAUGAAGUUCUGCCGCAGCAGUACCUUCAAUACUUUGACGCUAAGGAACUAGAGGUGAUGCUUUGCGGAAUGCAGGAGAUCGACCUUGUGGACUGGCAGAGGAACACCAUCUACAGGCAUUACGCUCGGACCAGCAAGCAAAUUUAUUGGUUCUGGCAGUUUGCAAAGGAGAUGGACAAUGAGAAGAGGAUGCGACUGCUGCAGUUUGUGACCGGAACAUGUCGCCUACCCGUCGGCGGCUUCGCUGACCUCAUGGGAAGCAAUGGCCCGCAGAAGUUCUGCAUCGAGAAGGUGGGCAAAGAGAACUGGCUUCCGCGAAGCCACACGUGCUUUAAUCGCCUGGACUUGCCACCUUACAAGAGCUACGAGCAGCUAAAGGAGAAACUCAUGUUUGCCAUCGAGGAGACAGAAGGUUUCGGGCAGGAGUAACCACAGCAUGCUGCACCUUUUUCCUCACGUCUCUACAGCUGGGAGCUCCUUUGAUUCCAAAAUCACAUCGUCUGUAUACAAUCACAGUUGCUUCAAAAGUUGUUUGAGACCAAAUAAGACAAUUCUCAAGCUACUCCCUUCAUCGGCUCUGAAGUCACAACAUUAUGAUGUGCGAGUGCAAAACAGGCGAGAUUCUUCGUCAAGACUAUGCUCUCAGAUUUUAUUUUCAGAUUUUAUUUAUUCUUUAAUCUCAACAAAAGUGUUCUGAUGGGACUGAUUUUAAAGAUGUAGCACAGGAUGUUCCUUCUGUUUUUUUUUUUUAAAUAACUGUCACUUUUCAUUUCCCUGUUUUCUUGAAUAUGGUUUGCACAUGAACUGUGAACGGCAAAGACCGUGUGAUUGUCCUGGAGAGAGUUUAUUUUUUUAAAGUGCAAUAGUUUUGUAUCUCUACCAACAAUCAUCCUGAUCACUUUACAAGCUAAGUUUCAACUUUAAUGUGCCAAUUUGACUCUGAAUAAUUUUAGGUGUGUGUUUAGCUUGUUUUUAUUUCAUAGGACCAAACUUUGCUCAAAAAGGGACACCUCCUAUGUAAUAUUUUGGACCUUGUAAUCUGUGGAUAUAUUGCAAAUACUUGGCCUAAAAAUGUUACUUAAAAUGAUGAAGUGGGAACAAUCCUGUGGGAUCCGAUUUGUAAAAUAAGUCCUAUUACCACUGAGUGAUGGCAAAGUCUUUUGUGUAAGUCUAUAAAAUAGUCCUAGAUAGAUAACCAAGAAACAGAAUCAUGAGUAUUUAAUGUGUUCAGUGACUAACACAGUUGAAAUACACUUGUUUAAUAUCUAAAUACAUAUGAUUCACACAAGUCGUGAUUCUUUUUGUGAUUGUGGUUUGAAAGUAUAACACGGGCGGCUCUAGUUUUAUAGGGCAACGGGUAUCGCUAUUGGGUCAACCUUACAUGCAAUUUGCGAGUCAGCCAUAUUUAGAAAAUACACAA